UUUGAAAAUUCUCUCCUUGUCGAUUUGUCAAGAAAUAAAUGUGCAGAAAAGAUCACAAUUGCAUUUCCUGAUGCCUACAACCAAACAUGUGCCGGCAAGGUGGGAGAGCUUAGGUUAGGGACUUUUAUUUUGAUGGAAGCACCACCAAGGAAGCCACUAUGGAGACGCAUACAGGCUCGCGUUGUGCUGUUGAAGUAUUGUUUGGUGUCUGCCUGCAGCAGCUGGAGUUCAGAAGUAUCUCUUGGAGAACUUACUUUUUAGAGGGUUCCCUUCGAAAAGGACAUUAUUCUGACCCAUGCAGAAGAAGAGAGGAUGCUAUUCUGACCCAUGCAGAAGGAAAGAGUCUUCCUGCAGUGUCUGCAUAGGUACAAGAUCUCAGGUUUUCAGUGCGUUAUUGAGAUCUCAGGGAGCAAUCUGGAGUAACAGCUCUAUGAUGGAGCUUCAACUCUCCAGCAGUGGAGGAGGAACCUUGGAUCCAAAAUUUAGUGAUGUAGGAUAUCCAGAACCCAGCUGUAUGUCUAUGAAGAGUGACGGGUCCAUGAGGAACUCUCCUGUGUUCAGCAGUGGAGGAGUAGAACCCAGCUGUGCAUCUAUGAAGAGUGAUGGGUCCAUGAGGAACCCUCCUGUGUUCAGCAGUGGAGGAGUAGAACCCAGCUGUGCGUCUAUGAAGAGUGAUGGGUCCAUGAGGAACCCUCCUGUGUUCAGCAGUGGAGGAGUAGAACCCAGCUGUGCGUCUAUGAAGAGUGAUGGGUCCAUGAGGAACCCUCCUGUGUUCAGCAGUGGAGGACUAGAACCCAGCUGUGCAUCUAUGAAGAGUGAUGGGUCCAUGAGGAACCCUCCUGUGUUCAACAGUGGAGCUAUACCCUCUGACCCAGAUCAACGCUCCACAGAGGCAACACUGAAGAUUAACACUCAGUUGGAGGGAUCUGGAGACCUGCAUCAGGAUUCUUACCAACCAAUGGAUGAUGACCUACUCAAAGUCUUAGAGAGACACAAAACCAACAUGAAGAACAAGUACGAGAGCUUAUUUGAGGGAAUCAAGACAGAAAAGAAUAAAACCCUCCUGAACAGGAUUUACACACAGCUCUACAUCAUAGAGGGAGAGAGUGAAGGAGUGAAUGAGGAACAUGAGGUUCUACAGAUGGAGAAAACAUCCAGGAAACACCAACAAGACACUCCAAUCAACUGCUUGGACAUCUUUAAACCUCAAUAUUUGAAAGAUGGACAAAUUGUAGUUGCAAGAGCUGAAUAUUUAAGACAGAAAGAAGGACAAGAAUUGAACGUGCAGAAACUCAAAGCAGUUCUGACUAAAGGAAUCGCUGGAAUUGGAAAAACUGUCUCAGUGCAGAAGUUCAUUCUGGACUGGGCUGAAGGAAAAGCCAAUCAGGAUGUAGAUGUCAUGUUUGUGCUUCCGUUCCGGGAGCUGAACCUGAUUAAAGAUGAUCAAUACAGUCUUCAUGGACUUCUAUGUGACUUCCAUCCUGAGCUCAAAGAUCUGGACCCAGAGAUUUAUGAUCAGAUCAAAGCUGUGUUUAUAUUUGAUGGUCUGGAUGAAAGCAGAAUUCCAAUGAACUUUUCACGGAGUAAGAAAGUAUCUGACAUCACCAUGACAUCAUCAGUGGGUGUGUUGAUGACAAACCUCAUCAAAGGAGAGCUGCUUCCCUCUGCUCUGAUCUGGAUCACCUCCAGACCAGCAGCAGCCAAUCAGAUCCCUCCUAAAUACAUCAACCGUCUGACAGAGAUUCAGGGAUUCAGUGACCCACAGAAGGAGGAGUACUUCAGGAAAAGGAUCAGUGAUGAAGACCAAGCCAAGAAAAUCAUCUCCCACAUUAAGACAGUGAGGAGCCUCCACAUCAUGUGCCACAUUCCAGUCUUCUGCUGGAUCUCAGCCACUGUUCUUCAGAGAAUCAUGAAGCAGCCUCAUACAGAAAUCCCUAAAACUCUGACUGAAAUGUACUCACACUUCCUCAUCACUCAGACCAACAUGAAGAAUGAGAAGUAUGAGGAGAAAGAUGAGAGCGACCCAAAGAACCUGCUGGAGUCCAACAGAACCAUUCUUCUGAAACUGGCUGAACUGGCUUUCAAACAGCUGAUGAAGGGCAAUGUGAUGUUCUAUGAAGAGGAUCUGAGAGAGUGUGGCAUUGAUGUCACUGAGGCCUCAGUGUAUUCUGGAAUUUUCACUGAGAUCUUUAGGGAGGAAUGUGUGGUUUUUCAGAGGAAGGUAUACAGCUUUGUUCAUCUGAGCUUUCAGGAGUUCCUGGCUGCUGUCUAUGUGUUUCACUGCUAUGAGAGCAAGAACAUGAAGGCGCUACAGAUAUUUAAACCACGGUACAGUGAGUGGUCUGACAAUGUUUUACUGGGCUUUUUUAACCCACGGUACAGAGACUGGUCUGAUGAUGUUCCCCUGGUUGAGGUGCUGAAUGGUGCAGUGAAUAAAGCAGUAAAGUGUCAGAAUGGACAGCUGGAUCUUUUCCUCCGUUUCCUGCUUGGCAUCUCACUGGAGACCAAUCAGAGACUCCUACAGGGUCUACCAACACCUAUAAAGAGCAGCUCUGAGAAAAUCAUUGAGUACAUCAAGUACUUAAUCAAAGGCGAUGAUUAUCAACAAGAUCACAUCUCAACUGAGAGAUCCAUCAAUCUGUUCCUCUGUUUGUCUGAGAUGAAUGACCAGUCUCUCUCCAGAGAGCUUCAUGAGUAUCUAAAAUCAGAGAGACACUCAGAGGAGAAACUCUCUCCUGGACAGUGUUCAGCACUAGCGUUUAUGCUUCUGAGCUCAGAGGAGGUGCUGGAUGAGCUGGACCUGAAGAAAUACAGUAAAUCAGUGGAGGGUUGUAGGAGACUAAUCCCAGCAGUGAGCAUCUGCAGAAAAGCUCGAAUAGCUGGCUGCAAUUUCACCAAGGACUCAUGUGAAAUGCUUUGCUCAGCUCUGCAAUCAGUGAAGUACCUGAAGGAACUAGACCUCAGUAACAAUACCUUUCAGGAUUCAGGAGUGGAGCUGCUUUCUGCUGGACUGAAGAGUACACACUGUAAACUGGAGACACUCAGACUAGCUAGCUGUAAUCUCACAAAGGUCUCCUGUGAAUCUAUUUGCUCAGUUCUACAAUCAACAAACUGCCUCCUGAAAGAACUGGACCUCAAUAAUAAUAAGCUGCUGGAUUUAGGAGUGGAGCUGCUCACUGCAGGACUGAAGAGAUCACACUGUAAACUGGAGACACUCAGACUCACUCUCUGUAAUCUUGGGGAGAAAGCUUGUGAAAAUCUGGGAUCGGUUCUACAGUCAUCAAACUCCUCCCUGAAAGAACUAGAUCUCAGUAACAAUGACCUGCAGGAUUCUGGUGUGCAGUUAUUCUCUACUGGACUGCAAAGUGUAAACUGUAAACUGGAGAAACUCAGAUUGUCUGGUUGUAUGUUUAAAGAUGAAGGCUGUUCUUCUCUGGUGUCAGCUCUGAAAUUAAAUCCAUCCCACCUGAGAGAACUGGAUCUGACCUAUAAUCACCCAGGAAAAUCUGGAGUGAAGCUUCUCUCUGAUCUACUGGAGGAUGUACACUGUGCACUGGACACACUCAGGGUGGAUCAUGGAGGGGUGAUCAGGAUGAAACCAGGACUAAAGAAAUAUGCUGUUGGUCUCACUCUGGAUCCAAACACAGUGCACACUCGUCUCUCUCUGUCUGAGGGGAACAGAAAGGUGGAGCGUGCGAGAGAGGAACUGCCGUAUCCAGAUCAUCCAGACAGAUUUGAGUACCGUGACCAGGUUCUGAGUGUGGAGAGUCUGACUGGACGCUGUUACUGGGAGGUUCAGUGGAGCAGAGAGGCUGUUAUAGCAGUAUCAUACAGAGGAAUCAAGAGGAAAGGACACAGUGAUGACUGUAUGUUUGGAAACAAUAAUCAGUCCUGGUGUCUGAUCUGCUAUAAUAACAGUUACUCUGUUAGAUACAAUAAACAGAUAAGUCCUGUACCUUCUCCUCCCUCCCCAUCUAACAGAGUGGGAGUGUAUCUGGACUGGGGGUCCGGCACUCUGUCCUUCUACAGCAUCUCCUCUGACACACACACACUGACCCACCUACACACACUCACCACCACUUUCACUGAGCCGCUCUACGCUGGAUUCUGUGUUUAUGAUGACUCUGUGCAAUUGCCUGAGAUAGAAUAACUUCCUGAAUCCAGGAGGAAAAACUGAAAUAAUAGAAAUACCCACUGCUGUGCUUAUCAUUACAUAUUUUAUUAACCCUUAGGAUCAUUAGCACUAUUAGGUGUUUUUUGUCAGUUCCUCUUUGAGUUGUUGUAACUCUAAUAAUUAUAUGAGACAGCCACAGGCUAUAUGUUGUUUUUGUCAGAGGAUGCGAUUUCUCAAAUAUGUAGUCCCCUGAGUUGUAAAUGCCCACAGACGUUUGAUAUUUUUAUGAAACUGGACCUAUUUUGAUCAAAAUUUUACCAAGUGGCUGUUUUUUUUUUUAAACUCAUUUUUGACUAUCAAUUCAAAACAUAAAUUCACAGCUUAGAUGCCUAUUAGAAAUUUUUAGAAUAAAGUGUCUGAGUUGAAAAUAUAAGAAUUUUGAUGACAUCGAAUUCAA